GAUAAUGUAAAACAAAUGUCCUAGAACUAUAUGUCUGAUAAAUAUUUUAGAAAUCAAGUUAAAAAGUAACAAAAAAUGGACACACCGACAAAGAGCUUUAAUGAAGACGCCUUAGACCCACAACUGAUAGCCCAACUUAAGGGCUGGGAAUGGAUUUACUUUCGGAAAAAAUGCCGUUCGGUUGGCUUGGAGCAACUAUUUUGGCGUUAUGUCGAUCGUGUGGCCUCGACCAAUGUCAUGUUAUUUAUCUAUACCAUCGAACUCCUGCUGGGCAUACACAUAUGUGUAUUGUUUUUUCUAGCAUCGAGCCUCACAUUCUAUGGGUUAUUGCCCUAUAUCAUGGCCAUGAUAUUGACGCCGGCUAUAAUGUGUAUCUCCUUGAAGGAACCUACAGAAUUUCAACAUUUUUAUGCUCUAAACGUUAUUGCCAGCUGUGUCAUCGCUUUGAUGCUGACACUUAUGGAUACUUUUGUGCAGUUAUUCCACGAUGUCAACUACCCUUUGGUCCCGUCAUAUGAUCAUAUUGUGGUUAGCUCAAUUUAUUUAUUUCUUCCCAUUAGUUUCUAUGAGAAUGGUAAACCCUAUUUGUUGGGGCUUCUUGUCUCGACAAUUUAUCUCAUUUAUGUGCUGGGCACGCUAAAUAAUAAUAUCAAUGAUCCGAUGAGACAACAGAAAAUCAUUUCAUAUGGCAUAUACCUAUUAUAUCUGAAUGUCGUAUUUUCAUUCUUUCGCGCAUUGACGGAGUUUAAUCUAAGAAAGAAGAUCCUCUCACGUUACCAAUUCAUUUAUAAAGUUAAGUUAGUCUUUUAGUUAGUUGUGAAGAAUGAGAAGAUGAUAUUAGAGACCAUAUUGCCCCGAAAGAUAGCGCGUUCCAUGCAGGAUGAUGUCCGUGCACGUAUUGAAGAUGAAUGCGGUCAAGCUUCUAGUGUUGCAUUGGCUCUACCCCGUAAACUCUUUGUGGAACCGCAUCCGGAAGUAUCGAUUCUAGUGGCUGAUAUGGUUAACUAUACACAUCUAACCACAACUCUGGAUGUUGCUGAUCUGGUGGAUAUUCUCCACGAACUAUUCGUUGCCUACGAUCGCUCUGCCGAGCAUUUCAAUGUGUUGCGCAUUAAAUUCCUAGGCGAUGCCUAUAAUUGCGUCUCGGGCAUUCCUCUUUACAAUCCUGAACAUGCCACCUGUUGCAUGAAUCAGGGAUUGGAAAUGAUCAAGGCCACGCGAGAUUCCCGUGAGCGUCGAAAAUUGAAUAUUGAUAUGCGUAUCGGUGUACACUCUGGCGAGGUCUUUUCGGGCAUCAUUGGUCGCACCAAAUGGGAGUUUGAUAUAUGGUCCAAAGAUGUGGAUAUCACUAAUCGAUUGGAGAGCUCGGGGAUGCCCGGCAAAGUUCACAUAUCUGAACGUACACUCAAUCUAUUAGAAAAUCAAUACCUUUACGAAGAGGGAUCCAAAAAGGCUUUGGAUGAUCCCAUAUUAAAGAAGAAUCAGAUUGUAACGUAUUUGGUUACGGGUCCAGUGCGAGACUUACCUACUGCUGAUACAGUUGUCCUUAAAGAUGACGAUGGCGUUUCAGACAACUCAUUCCACGCCAGUAUUGUGGAUGAGAUGCAGCUCAGCGAUGUGUAUAAGGAAGUUCAGCAGGAAACCCAGCUCGGUAUGAAGCAGGAGGUGGAAAAAAUGCCCGUUGGCAUUACGCAUAUAAUGCGAAUUGUUAACUGCUACAGUAAGAAUAAACAUCAGAGCGAGGAUUAUCUACUGAAUGCGGAUAUCUCCGAUUUAUUGGUCCUCUUUCGUAAUGGCACCACUGAGUGGAACUAUAUAAAUCUUCCAGAUUUCCUUAUGAAGUACAGCAUGCUGACUUUAUUGGGUGCUGGCACUGCUCUGGUCCUUAUGUGCUUUAGUUUGCCAUUCAUUUUUUCGCAAUUCCUUGGAACACUCUCAUUACAUUUGGCAUUGGUAAUCAUUUGCCUGGUGACAAACUAUAAAAAACUUUGGCUACAAUAUCGCCCAUUAUCGCCAUGGUCGCGGCCCAAGUUUAUAUUGAGUCGAGGGCUAAUGAGCUUAUCAGAGUUACUGGAAGAUCAGCUUUUUGCACGGAUGUUAAUGUGUGUGGUGGCAAUAUUUAUAAUAUACUCGAUAUCAUCGUUGAAAAUGAUCUUUUGCAAUUUGGCUGAAUUUGAGCUAGAGUUGAUUGAAUCGGAUUUAUCUGAUCAACCACCUAAUCUGAUAUGUUUCACACCUUGGACCAUUACCCACGGCAUUAUUGUGGCCCUUAGUGUGUUGCUAUUGUUCUUUGGACUUCCGAUGAUUUUCAAAUUGUGCUUGGCCCUGAUUAUCGUGGCCACCCACAUUGUCACCGUUCAUGCCAAAUAUGGCUUCGCCUUCGAGCGAUCGUCUACCACGAAUGUGGGUCUUAAGGCUGAGGAUGCUCACACCUUGUAUUUGUUUGCCUUCUUCAUAAUGAUUGCCAUCAAAGAGCGACAUAUUACCUAUAUGAAUAAGGUGGAUUACUAUGUGAAAUUACGUUAUGGGGAGAAGCAUGCUCAGACACAGAAUACCACACGUUCGAUUAGGAUUAUAAUGGCAAACCUUUUGCCGUCGCAUGUGGCAAAUGAUUUUCUAGAACGUCGACGACUUGGUGAACUUUAUUAUGAGAAUUUCGAUAAAGUAGCAGUUAUGUUUGCCACCAUUGAGAAUUAUGAAGCCGAUCGCAUGGGCAUACGUGUGCUGAAUGAGUUCAUAUGCCAUUUCGAUGAUGUAUUGCAAAAAUAUACCAACAAAUACAAGGUGGAAAAGAUCAAAGUAAUGGGCUGGACAUAUAUGGCUGCCUGUGGCCUACAAGUGGAGCAUUAUGCGGAUUUCUCACUGCAAAUGCCAACCCAGAAACGCAGUAAUGAAAACGUUCAAUAUCUGCGUGCCAAAUCGAGUAGUGUACGAUUUGAUUUCAUGGCUGCUGAAACUCCAAAAUCCCCAAGGGACAUCCCAUCGCUCCUUAAUCAGAAUCCAUUACUGGAGCUUAACGAUGAGGUUGUCGUUGUUAUGACCCAAUUUGCAGUCGAUCUUCUGCGUGUAAUGCAGACCAUCAAAACACAAGAUGUGUUUCCCGACUUUGGCUUCGGUUUGAAGGGAACCCUAAAAAUUGGAAUUUCCCAUGGCCCAGUGAUGGCUGGUGUGGUGGGCCUUUCCAAGCCACACUAUGACAUUUGGGGUCAUCCAGUUAACAUGGCCUCACGCAUGACAUCCACAUCGAUUAUGGGUUUCAUACAGGUGACCGAAGCUACAGCCUCAAUAUUACGUAAAUGUGGCAUUCGUUGCACUUAUCGAGGUGAGACAUUUGUCAAGGGCAUCGGAGAAAUUCCCACCUAUCUGGUGGCUCUUGACAAAUCAUUGAAUUUUCAACUUGAUAGUACAACAAAUGACGACACAGAUAGUGGAAAAGCUGAAGAAAUUUUGCUUAAGAAAUCGAGUAAUCAUAUGUGAGAAUAAA